AUGUUAGCUGCUGCUCCACGAGAUGAUAGGGACAUUAUGAACGAAAAGGCCGACAGUAUUCUACACGGUUUUAAAUUAAAUUGGAUGAAUUUGCGUGAUGCGGAAAGUGGUAAAGUUUUAUGGCAGAGCACCGAAGAUAUGGCUGAUCCCAACUGUGUGCAUGAAGCACAUGUUCCCAAAAGCAUCCUGAAAUGCCGCACGGUUUCGCGAGAAAUCAAUUUCACUUCUGCUCAAAAGAUUGAUAAGUUCCGCCUAGAACAACGAGUAUUUCUGAAGGAAAACAUCAUAGAAGGUAGGGUGUCAGUUUUUACGUAAUC